ACGACAUCUUACUCCGGAUCAACCCUCUCCCCGUACACACCCGACCUCCGACACACCCUCUUUUCACCAUGGGCAACUCGAGGUCAUCGCUCCAAUUGCCGGAGGAGGAUAUCGCCAACAUUUCCAAAGAGACGGGAUUCACAGCCAAUCAGAUUGAGCGCCUCUGGAGUCGCUUCUCGUCUUUAGACAAGCAGCAAAAGGGUCAUCUGACCCGUGAAGACUUUCUCCGGAUCCCCGAGUUGGCCAUCAACCCUUUGGGCGACCGGAUCGUUCACGCCUUCUUCCGAGACUCCCGACAACAGCAACAGAAUAUGGGUGGAGGUGUGGGAUCUCCGGAUCCUGAGAGAAACGGCUCCAGUGGUGGAAACGGCUCCACGGCCGAUGACAUGGAACAAGAGGUGGUCAACUUUUGUGACUUCGUGCGCGUCCUCGCUCAUUUCAGACCCUUGAAAAAGAACGUCGAAAAGAACAAGCUCAAUGGACGGGAGGAAAAACUGCGAUUUGCAUUCCGGAUGUACGAUUUGGAUGGUGACGAUAAGAUUUCCAAGGAGGAGCUUCUGGCCGUUUUGACCAUGAUGGUGGGUGCCAACAUCUCCGAAGAUCAGCUCAUCUCCAUCGCCGAGCGAACCAUCAUGGAGGCUGACUUGGACAAGGACAACCUGAUUUCCUUCGACGAGUUCAAGAACGUCCUUGAGCGCACGGAUGUCGAGCAGAAGAUGUCCAUCAGAUUCUUGGACUAGAUUUCACCAAAGCCUUUUACAUCACCAAAUCACCAAUCUAUUCAUGCGAUUAUCUUGCUUCGAGGCUUAACUCUCGACUGACUUGAUGUGAACCCACAAGGGGCGUGUCAAAAUCUGAGAGCGUGCGGGCGAAGAUGCAAAUCAAUUAGGCAAUAACUACCCAUCCUUCCUUCCAAAGUGGCAUUUUGCUCCCAUUUCCUAUCUGGUCAAAAAAACGAAAGGACUUUUCCAAACCAGCAUCCUGAUCCCAAAUCCAGGGAAUUGUUGUACAGAUCAAGAAGCCAAAACACAGUGUGCACAUUUGAUCGAAAUUUAGGGGAAAGUUUUCGUUCUCUCUAGUUUUUCUGUCUUUUUAAGAGUGAAGUUAUUUUUUAGACAAACAUACUUGUAAAGAGAGCUUCAGCUGAACGAAAUAGCACGCUAAUGAGAUGAUUUACUGUACUCUGCGUAUCAGGUGUUUUUAUAUAUCCAGGGAUGUUAUUUUUUAUAUCUAUCGAAAUAUACUGUAGCUUUAUCGUA